UCUGUCGGAGACGAGCUUAGGACAUGUUUGCUCAAUAACACCGUGUCUCACUACUCACUAUUCCAUAUAAGACAACAAUAAAUCCAAAUUAAGCCCUAAAUUUACGCCCUCCGUUAUUCCUCUUAUUUCCACUUCCAGCCGUCUAUCUCAUCGGUGGCCAAAUCACCGCUAUCUACAGAUGUUGAUAAGGUUGCUGUGAAGAGCUGAAACUGUUGCGAUUUUCAGUUUGAUUUGCCUUUUUAAGCUUCUUUUGCAGGAGUUUUGAGUUUCUGUUUGUCUUUAUUGAUUUUAAAUUCUUUCUCUUUCAUGAGUGUUAUGUUUUUGGUGUUUCUUUUAGGGAAAUUAUUUUUUUCCGAGAAAAUUUUGUUUGCUUGGAAUCUGCAGUGUGAAUUUUGAAUUUUUCUUUUAAGCAGACCCGUUGAUUAUGGCAUGUUUCUCUCUCUAAAAGCUAAUGUAUUUCUCUCCCUGUACGUUUCUCAUUUAUUUAUUGGUUGAAAAUGACAGACCCUUUACGUGUCUGACAUACUACAUAAAAUAAUUGUAGGUUCUUCCUCGGAUUAAAUUUUCCCUGGAAAAUUAAAUUUCGCAUGACAUGGAUUGCUUAAAAAUUGACUUGGAUUUCGAAUCCCUCAAUUUUCAACUCGGCAAGACCCUCCUGCAUAUGAUAUCAAAGACCAUAGCUUUCACCGCAAGCACUGUGUAGACAAAAGGGCUUCCAUUUCUGAGGAUUGGUUCAUUGUAUGAAUCUGUGUUAGAUCUUCAAAGACUGCUUAUAGUACCAGUUGAUUAAACUUAUCAAGCUCUGAUGUCAGUUCUGGAAAAACCAUCUUCAAGUUCAUCAAUUUCUUCUUCACCGUCGGUUUCAGUUGGGGAGAUUGAUCCAUUGUUGAAGGAUUUGAAUGAGAAGAAACAGAGUUUUAGACGGAACGUGGUUUCGUUAGCUGCAGAGUUAAAGGAAGUUAGGAGCCGCCUUGCAUCUCAAGAGCAUUCAUUUGUUAGAGAGACACUAACAAGACAGGAAGCAGAAAAUAAGGCAAAAGCCAUGGAAGAAGAGAUUCGUUCAUUGCAGAAGCGAUUGGAGGAUAGGAAUGGCCAGCUUCAGGCUUCAGCUACUACUGCUGAGAAGUACCUUAAGGAGUUGGAUGGUCUUAGAUCACAGCUUGUAGCCACUCAAGCAACUGCAGAUGCAAGCGCUGCAUCAGCUCAAUCAGCUCAGCUUCAGUGCUUGUCUUUGUUAAAGGAAUUAGACGUGAAGAAUAGCUCGUUAAAAGAGCACGAGGAUCGUAUGACGAGGCUAGGAGAGCAAUUAGACAAUUUACAAAAGGAUCUACAGGCAAGGGAAUCUUCCCAAAAGCAAUUGAAAGAUGAAGUUCUUAGAAUUGAGCAAGACAUUAUGCAGGCUAUAGCCAAGACUGGAGCUGGAAAAGAUUGUGAACUUAGGAAAUUAUUAGAUGAGGUAUCUCCGAAAAAUUUUGAAAAGAUCAAUAAACUUUUGAUUGUUAAAGAUGAAGAAAUAGCUAAGUUGAAAGACGAAAUAAGAAUUAUGUCUGCCCACUGGAAGCUCAAAACCAAGGAAUUGGAAACACAGUUGGAAAAGCAGCGACGAGCUGAUCAGGAGCUGAAAAAGAGAGUGUUGAAGUUGGAAUUCUGUCUUCAGGAAGCUCGUUCUCAGACGCGGAAGCUGCAAAGGAUGGGAGAGCGAAGGGACAAAGCUCUAAAAGAACUCAGAGAGCAGUUAGCCACAAAACAACAGUCCGUAGCUGUGGGUAAUAAUGAAAAGCAAAAUUUCUGGGAAUCUUCCAGCUUCAAGAUUGUAGUUUCCGUGUCAAUGUUAAUCUUGGUGGUAUUUUCAAAGCGAUGAAGUGAUUAUGGUGUCCAAUUGCUGUUUACAAAUGUCCUAAUACCUUGAGUUUAGAGGAUUUGUAGAGGCCAUUGCUAUUAGAAAUGCGCACAAUAGAGGUUCUCUUUCAUAUGUAGCUUACUAGCUUUUGUCAAAAGUGCCCUUUUUUUGUGCUCUUUCUA